GGAUCCAAAUCCCUUCUUUCAACACUUCACCUCCAUAUCUCCCCCAAAUCUCCCAAAAAAAAAAACACACACACACACACACAAAUAUUUAUAGAAAAAAACAUAUAUAAAUAAUGAUGAUGGAAAGUAGAGAUCCAGCUAUUAAGCUCUUCGGUAUGAAAAUCCCUUUUCCGGCUGUUUUUGAACCGACGACGGCGGUGACUCUAGAAGAGGAUUACAGCGGCGGAGAUGAUAAAUCACCAGAGAAGGUAACUACAGAGCAAGGCACUCCAGAGAAGAACAAUAACUGUAACAACAAGAGUCUUAGCAAUUCGAAUGAUUCCAAACCAGAGACAGGGGACAAAGAGGAGGCGACAUCAACUGAUCAGAUAGAGAGCGAUGAGACCAAUCAGCAGACAACAGCAGACGGCAAAACCCUGAAGAAACCAACCAAGAUUCUUCCCUGUCCGAGAUGCAAAAGCAUGGACACCAAGUUCUGCUAUUACAACAACUACAACAUUAACCAGCCUCGCCAUUUCUGCAAGGCCUGUCAGAGAUACUGGACAGCCGGAGGCACCAUGAGGAAUGUUCCCGUAGGUGCAGGACGCCGCAAGCACAAAAGCUCUUCCUCUCACUACCGUCACAUCACCAUCUCCGAGGCUCUCCAGGCCGCAAGGCUCGAUCCGGGUUUACAAUCGAACACACGAGUACUGAGCUUCGGUUUACAAGCUCCUCCUCAUCAGCAGCACGUUGCUCCCAUGACCCCCGUGAUGAAACUACAAGGAGACCAGAAGGUUUCAAACGGAGCUAGAAACGGGUUAGCAGCUCGGAUUGAAAAUGGAGAUGACUGCUCGAGUGGUUCCUCUGUGACUACAUCAGUGGAUGAAACAAGAGCACAAAGCUGCAGAGUUGUUGAACCACAAGUGAACAGCAACAACAACAACAACAACAUGAAUGGUUAUGCUUGCAUCCCGGGUGUUCCAUGGCCAUACACGUGGAAUCCAGCGAUGCCUCAGCCAGGUUUUUACCCUCCACCAGGGUAUCCAAUGCCCUUUUAUCCUUACUGGACCAUCCCAAUGGCACCCCCGAAUCAAUCUUCAUCACCUAUGAGUCAAAAGGGUUCAAGUCCAAACUCUCCCACUCUCGGGAAGCACUCCAGAGACGAGGAUUCUUCAACAGAGCGGAAACGGAGGAACGGGUGCGUUAUAGUCCCGAAAACGUUGAGAAUAGACGAUCCUAACGAAGCAGCAAAGAGCUCUAUAUGGACAACAUUGGGAAUCAAGAACGAAGGUUCAACAUUGGGAAGCAAAGGCGGUAUGUUCAAAGGGUUUGAUCAGAAGACGAACAAGAGUAACAAGGAUCAAACCGAUAACUCUCCCGCUCGUUCUGCUAACCCUGCUGCUCUAUCGAGAUCACUCAAUUUCCAAGAACGGGUUUAAAGAGUUAUAUACGUAUGUAUAUAUAUAUAUAUGUAUGAUUGUUUUGUAUAUACAGUUUAUUGGAGAAUGAGGGUUUUGUGACAUUACUCCUUUUAGUCUCUCACUAAUCCAUCCUCAUGUUUUGUGCUAUC